AUGGGCAGCGGUCACCUCGCACACAGCUUCUAUGGAGACAUGUCGCGCACUUCGCAGACACCCUCAACGCCGUCCAAUGCCUCGCCGCGCUUCUCAGCAAUAUCCCCAGCUAGUCAGUCAAAGCAGGUGACUACACACUACGUUCCAACCGAUCGUCCACCUCCUUCCCGCGAUGUCUCAGACGAUACGCUUGACCAAGCCUAUGCGACGUUCAUCUUGUAUUGCAAUCCAAACUUCCCGACGACCAUAGACACAUCGGAGUUGACGCGACUGUUUCGGACCCCUCCAAAAAGCGAUGGCAAAUCGUUCAGCACUUGGGCGCUCUUUGAGUUGAUACGGAAGUUCGAUUCGGGGGAGAUCAAGACGUGGACACAAUUGGCGCUCGACCUAGGUGUAGAACGACCGGAUACAGACAAGGGACAGAGCACGCAAAAAGUGCAGCAAUACUCUGUUCGUUUGAAGCGAUGGAUGCGCGCGAUGCAUAUUGAUGCAUUCUUCGAAUACAUGUUGGGUAAACAACAUCCUUACUAUCUACAAAUACCACCUCCUCACAACCCUUUUCCGGAGAUUGGCCGCGAUGGAGUACCCUUGGAAGAGGACCUGGCUAUCAGAGCUCUUGACCCCAAGUUCCGUCCGAAGCGGGGACGUCGGAAAGCUGAUGAAGGCGAAGACGACACGGACAUGAUCGACCAUUCACCUGCACCAAAACGCCCUCAGCUAGACACGUCUAUACCCUUUGGCAACGUAUUGCAACCUCAGUCUGCAUAUCCAAGCAGUGCUCAUCCCGAUAGUAUGGAAGGAUUCCUUGGGACACAUGACCCCUGGACGGCAUCCACUAUUACACCAUCCUCUGCCAUGACUGCAGCAUCAGCACCUGGCCGGAUGAACCCGAACAAAAACUUGACGCCCUAUUCGGCUUCGCCCAUGUCCGGACAACAACUUCGAUGGCGGUUGAAUACGCAGGAUAAUCCAACAACACCGCACCCCCUUUCUGCUGUCACGCCACACUCAGCUCAUCCAGACUUCUUCGAUGAACCUCAAUCAGCGAUUACGCCGUCGAGCUCGAAACGGGCACGACGACGUCACGGACCUGCUGUUUCUUCAGCAUGGCCAAGCAAUAACUCUUCUUCGACUGGGAAGCUUCGUGGCAGACCGCCGAGUAAUCGAUCUGUGCGUGACGGGCCAUUUGUCACCUUUCCUGCCAAUCCCAAGACCAAGGAAGGACCCACGAUAGAUGUGAACAGGAACCCAGGAAACCUCACACCAAUAGUGGAAAGAGCACAUUCGGACCCUCCAGCUGCAGAGCACCACUUCAGGUUCCCUCCAACACCAGCGUCAGCUGUUUCACCUACGAACAUGGACUCGCAGAUCCCAAACGCGUCACAGAGAGGUCACAGACUGAGCCUGCAGGUGCCCCCAAAUGUUGGAAACCCAGUACGGCUCGUCACACCCACGGUACUCGUAAACGGGCAGGAGAACGACGUCGCAACGACAAACUCCGUAACCCAAUCAUCAGGACCUCUCUACGACCACUCAACCGAGCAAUCCCACCACCAACAGCCAACAACUCAUCCGUGCUCCCUCACCGGCCGCCGCAAACGCCUCUCCGGCACCGAAGCCAAGAUCCUCGCCUCCGCCAUCCUGUCCCCUCUCCUCUCCAAGUCCUCCACCCCGACCCCCUCAAGCUCGAAAACCAUGUCCGACCAGCUCCUCAGCAUAGCGAUGAGCAGCUGUCUCGGCCUAACAUCCGCCGUCGGCCUGGGAUCCGGUGGCCCAACCGGCGGCGUGCGAAGAGUGGAAUGUGUGAGAUUUCGCGUCGGUGGCGAUGGGUACGAGAGUCCGAUUGAUGAGGAUGAUGAGGAUGUCCCUGAAAGCGGAACGGGAACCAUCCGUGAGACGUUUGAUGUGUUCUUCAAUGUUAGUUUUGGAGGGUUGGUCGGGGAGUGGGCGGCGAAGGGAUUGGCUGCUGCAAGCACUGGGAGCGGACGUGAGGCGGGCACGGGAGAACAGAGGCAGGCGCAGGACCAAACGCCUACUACGGCGGCGGGGUGGAAGGCAAGAUUCUUAGAGACGCAGAGGAGGCUUUGGGAGAAGGACGAGGAGGCGAGGGCGUUGAGGGAGAAGGUGCUGGAGGCGGUUUUGUAG